AUGCAAUCCAAAGCUCUUAUUCUGCUCCUGACCGGCCUUGUGGCUGCUGUUUCGGGUGCCGCGGCGCCAGCCAACGAAGUCGAAAUCAUUGAGGAGUCUACCGGACCUCUGAAUGCUAGACAGGCAGACAUCACCUGGCAGGCUACUGGAGGCUGCAAGACUGAUUGGGCCAACCGUUGCAAUGCUGCCUGCCGCGGUGAGGCUUCGCAGCGAUCUUACUCCUGCACCAGCAUCAAGUCCCGCAUCUGGCGUCAAAGCUGCGUCUUUGGCUGGAGCGUGUGUGAUUGCACCUGUGUCCGCUAG